AUGGAACCCAAAUGGUUGUGGUUGAGUGUGUUGUUGUUGUUGUUAGGAGGGUACGGAUGGCAUGGUACUGAUGCUUGUUGGGAGGAUGAGAGGAUUGCUCUCUUGCAACUCAAACCUUUCUUCAAUCGUUUAAAUUAUCUGAACAGCUGGGAAGAGGAGGUAAAGGGUUCAGAUUGCUGCCAAUGGGAAAGGGUCGAGUGUAACGCCUACUCCUCCUCCAGGCGAGUCAUAGGACUCUCUCUUAAUUAUACAAGAUGGUCCUACAAAGAAAGAUGGUAUCUCAAUGCCUCUUUGUUUCUUCCUUUCAAGGAAUUGAAGCGUCUUUAUUUGCCAGAGAAUAACAUCGCUGGUUUCGUUGAAAGUGGAGGUUUUGCAAAGCUAAAUUUGGAGAUCCUUGAUUUAAGUGACAAUUACCUCAAUGAUACAAUUUUAUUAUCUUUGAGUCGGCUUUCAUCUCUCAAGGAUUUAAAUCUAGCAGGAAACUUGUUCACAGGAUCAACUCAUGCAAACGGAAAAAAGACACAACUGAGGUUGACUAAUUUGAAAGAACUUGAUUUAAGCAGUAAUCUCUUGAGGAACAGCAUAUUUUCCUUCCUGUGGGGGUUUUCAAGUCUAAAGUCCUUAUGCAUGAGGCGGAACCAAUUGCAAGGCUCAAUAGAUGUUGAAGGAAAGGAGAUACAACUAAGGAUGACCAAUUUGGAGGUUCUUGAUUUAAGUAAUAAUCUCUUCAAGAAUGACACUUUUGCAUUCCUUUCUGGCCUUCCAAGUCUAAAGUCCCUGUAUAUGAGGGACAACCAAUUGCAAGGCUCAAUAGAUAUUCAAGACUUGAGUGCUUUUACCAACUUAGAGGAACUGGAUAUGAGCUAUAAUGAUCUGAAUGAAUUUGUGGCUUGUAAAGAAUUGCAUGUGUGGAGCAAUGUGGAGGAAAUAUUUCUAGACCGUUCUUAUCUUAACAACAACAUUUUGCAAAGCAUUGGAGUAUUCACUUUUCUUAAAACUUUGUCUUUAUAUGAGUGUGGACUUAUUGGUUCCUUACCUAAUCAAGGUUGGUGUGAUCUAAGGAACCUUGAAAGUUUGGAUAUCAGUGGGAAUGCACUUGAGGGGAUACUUCCUUAUUGUUUGGGUAACUUGACAUCUCUUCUUGAGUUAGAUAUCUCCUACAAUCAAUUUACUGGAAAUUUGACUCCUUUAGCAAAUCUUUCAUCACUUAGAUUCAUCUCCCUUUCAAGAAACCGUUUGCAAAUUUCAAUGCCAUUCCUGUCACUUGCGAACCUUCCAAAUCUCAAAUUCUCUUCUGUGAUGAAAACAAGAUGUGGAACAGUCCCGUUAUGGUUGUUAGAGAACAACACAAAAUUAGAAAAUCUCUUCUUGUUGGGUAAUUCUUUCACUGGUCCUCUCUUGUUACCACAGCUUCUUCUUCCUAAUGUGUCUUCAAUUGACAUAUCUAACAACAAAUUACAAGGUCAAAUUCCGACAAAUGUAUGUUUAACUUUUCCAAAUUUGGAUAAGUUAUUCUUAUCUAAGAAUGCCUUCAAAGGUAAUAUCCCUCAUUGUUUAAGUGGCAUGGACACUUUAUCAGUUUUAGACCUAUCAGACAAUCAUUUGUCUGGAAGAGUACCAGAAAAGUUGAUAAUGAAAAGCUCAUUAAAUAUUCUUAGGCUAUCAAAUAACAACCUAAGUGGAAAGAUUGUUCCUAUGAUGUUCAACACAAAAAUGUUGUCAAAUUUGUAUUUGGAUGGCAAUCAUUUUGCUAGAGAGAUACCUGAUAUUGAUGUCUCUGCUACUUUUUUUUCACAUUCAUCACUAGAGGAUAUUGAUCUCAGUAAUAACAGUUUUAAUGGAAAGCUCCCAAGAUGGAUAGGGAAUGUAUCACAUUUGAAGAGAUUGGCUUUGUCCAACAAUCAUUUCGAAGGUUUUAUUCCAAUGGAAUUGUGCAACUUGUAUGAGCUUGAAUUUUUAGAGCUUUCUCAAAACAAUUUAUCUGGCGCUAUUCCUUCUUGUUUCAGUCCACCAUAUUUGAGACAUGUCCACCUGAAGAGAAACAGACUAAGUGGUCCAUUGACACUUGAUUUUAACAGCUCUUCAUUAGUGACAUUAGAUCUAAGAGGGAAUAAUUUGAUCGGUAAUAUUCCAAAAUGGAUUGACACAUUUUUUGCUUUAAGCGUCCUUCUUUUGAAAGAUAAUCAUCUAGAUAGUGAAAUUCCAGUUCAGUUAUGCAAGUUGUAUUCAUUAAGCAUCAUAGAUCUUUCUGAAAAUAUGUUUUCCGGUCCUAUACCUUCUUGUUUGGGUAAUUUAACUCUAGCAAUGAAAAUGGAGAAGUCAUUGAUAGCUGAUGGUUGGUAUGGAAUAGGUAUACCUGAGGAUGUAUCAACAUACAUGUGGAUGAUACUACCAAAAACUCGUAUGUAUCCUAAUAGCUAUAUGGAAGAAUGGAUAGAGUUUACAACAAAGAGUAUGUCCUACUCAUACGGCGGUGACAUUCUUGAGUACAUGUCUGGGAUUGAUUUAUCUUUUAAUAGGUUAACUGGGCAAAUCCCAUUCGAAUUGGGAAACUUGAGUGAAAUCCAUUCGUUAAACUUAUCACACAAUAACUUGGUCGGAGUUAUACCUUCAUCAUUUUCACAACUUAAGCAAAUUGAGAGUUUGGACCUUUCUUACAACAACUUGAGUGGUAGAAUCCCUAUACAGUUGGUUGAGUUGAACUUUCUAGAGGUUUUUAGCGUGGCACACAACAACUUGUCAGGUAGUACUCCAGAACCAAAAGCUCAGUUUGGGACCUUUAAUGAAAGCAGUUACGAAGGAAACCCUCUUCUCUGUGGGCCUCCAAUGCAAAAUCACUGCUCUAAAUCUCAGUCACCACCAACAGUACCGACUACAACAAACAAUGAAGGAGAAGGAUUUCUUUUAGCUGACUAUUCUCUUAAGAUGGUUGUAAAACGAGUUGUGGAUUUGGUUACUCAGAUUGCUUAA